AUGGCUCAAUACUGCCCAAAGUUGGCAGAAUGUCGAAAGGAGGUGUUUGAUAGCAUCUUGGAUGACUGUCGCAUAAGCUCGUUGAAAGUCACCGAGGGCCCGGAAGGUUUGGGCCUUGCAGUUUGCAAGAGCCUCAGUGCGGGGGAUGAGUUGUAUAAUUGCUCAGCCCUGCGAAUUCACGAGCACAGCCAAGCCUGCCGCGAGCUAGAGGACUUUUGUUUUAGCCUGACGCACCCACGGUUCCUCCCUGCGUCCUGCUACUGUGCCGCCUUGAGUUCACUCUCAUUUUCGCAGCUGGAGGGUAAGUUAGAGGGCUUUGAGACGGACAUCAACGCCGGGUGUCAGCAGUCGCUUUUGGCGCUUAGUAGGCCUGCUCGUGUGGCACUCCGUGCGCCUGGAAUGACCCCCAGCGAUGAUGGGGUUGAAGAUGCCACUGCCCAUGCCAUCUUGCAGCAUUACCAGCUUCCACAUGGUCUGCUGUUGCCCUUCGUUGAACUUGCAAAGGUGUGGCGUUACAAUGCUUUUGCAGCAGGCGAUGACAGAAUGGCAGUUUUCCUGCUGCCGUCCUUGUGCAACCACAGCUGCAACCCAAGUGUUGAUUAUGCCCUUGAUCUGGAUGUUGAUGGCAAGGUCACCAUGUCUCUCGUAGCUUCUCGAGCGCUGGCAGCCGGGGAUUGCGUGACCAUAAGCUACAUUGAGCAGACUGCAGCCACUGAGCCCUCGAGGCUGGCACGAAGAAAGACCUUGGCAGAGGGCUGGCUGUUUCUAUGCUGCUGCGAGGCAUGCACCGCAAGUAUGUGCGGCUUGUGCAGCUGCGGUGAGAAGAUGGAAUUGUGGAUCAGCGACUUGCAUGGGGGCCCAUAUGAGGACUCCGGAGAAGCGCCGACCUGCGACGUCUGUGGGGAAGUUGAUUUGGUGGUGUCUGGCCCCUACUUCUUCCACUGCAAGGACUGCGAGGCCGAUGUGUGCGCGGCCUGUGCAGCUAGCUGCUCGUCAGAGCCCGACGGAGAUGGCAAAGAGCCAAUUGAAUCGAGUGGGCAGUGA